AUGAGCAAAUUAAGCGCCUUCUUCGAAAAGAAGAAAAAGAAAAUCACCAAGGUCACUGCACCACCUGAGCUCACGCAGGUCGUGGAGAAGGUGGAAGAACCAGUGGCCGAUGAUGACUUGGGAUGGGGUCUUGAGCCACAGCAGGAGUCACAGUGGGUGGCUCCUGGCACGAGCCCUGCAUCAACAGGCGGCGAGGGGCCCCUGGCACGCUCCCUGAGGGUUAGUGCUGUGGGUGCUUACGAGUUGGAGAGUAAGAGAGACAAGAGCUGGGGCACCAUGAAGAAGUUGGAGGAAGAGCAGCGUCGGGGUCUGCAAGAGCUGCGUGAGCAAGAACAGCGCGAGCUGCUGCUCUUGCAGCAGCAGCCGCAAAAAGGACAAACCCAGGAGGCCUCCGAUAAGCAGGACGCAGACGGCGAUUCUCCACAGGUCAAAGAUAAUAUCAGGGACGAGGUGGAAGCAGAUAACCUUCCGGUGUCUGCUCGCGUGCUGCGGGCUUUGGGGAGUGGUUCAUUUCAGAGAAAGGCCCGAGGUACCUUCGUACCCUCUUUUGAAGAUGAUCCAGACUUAGCAACUGCUGCACAGAUGGUGAGCACCAAGCAGCAGCCUCAGGGCAAAAAGCAGCAAGCCGGGCGAAAGAGUCCCGUAGACGUUUCCCAUGAGAGCUCCGGCAGUGCCUCUUCGUCCUCCAAGAGCGAAGAUCAUCACCAGCAGCAGCAGGAUCAGGGUUUAUUGAGCACAAGUGAUUCAGAAGGCUCGGUGGCGGGGCCCGCGGCCGUUAUAUUUGAUGUGCAAAAGUUUGUAUCCUUUGAAGGCCUCUCCGUCGCAGGCGUCGUUCUAGACGCAGAAUUGGUUAGGCGCAAGUACGAAACCAGGCCGCCUUGGACGACUUUAACGGCAGCCAAAGUUUAG